AUGGCGUCACUGCUACUCUUUCUCUGUGUUGCCGCCGCGCACCUGGCGGGGGCCCGAGACACCACCACCACCGAGGAGCCCAGGGCGACUGCAUGGGGCCUGGAAGGACGGUCGCUGCUGCACCCUGUCCAACCCUCACCAGCCCUGGAGGACUGGGAAGAGGCCAGCGAGUGGACGUCUUGGUUCAACGUGGACCACCCGGGAGGUGACGGCGACUUCGAGAGCCUGGCCGCUAUCCGCUUCUACUACGGGCCGGCGCGCGUGUGCCCACUGCCGCUAGCGCUGGAAGCGCGCACCACGGACUGGGCCCUGCCGUCCGCCGUCGGCGAGCGUGUGCACUUGAACCCCACGCGCGGCUUCUGGUGCCUCAACCGCGAGCAGCCCCGCGGGCGCCGCUGCUCCAACUACCACGUGCGCUUCCGCUGCCCGCUCGAAGCCGCAUGGGGGGCUUGGGGCCCUUGGGGACCCUGCUCAGGGAGCUGUGGGCCAGGCCGUCGCUUGCGCCGCCGCCACUGCCCAAGCCCCGCUGGAGAUGCGUGUCCGGGGCGUCCCCUGGAGGCGCAGAAGUGUGUGCGGCCCCGGUGCCCAGGAUGCAGUCCUGACACUUGUGAGUGCCCUGACCACAUCCUCUUGGGCUCAGUGGUCACCCCAUCUGGGCGACCACUGCCGGGAGCCAGAGUCUUUCUGCAAGACCAGCCUGGCACCAUAGCCACCAGCGAUGCCUAUGGAACCUUCCGGGUGCCUGGAGUCUGUGCCGGCAGCAGGGCUAAUGUCAGGGCCCAGAUGGAUGGCUUCUCUGCAGGCAUGGCCCAGGCCCAGGCCAAUGGCUCCACCUCUGCCGUGGUCACCAUUGUCCUCGAUAAGUUGGAGAAGCCCUACCUGGUGAAGCACCCUGAGUCCCGAGUGCGAGAGGCUGGUCAAAACGUCACCUUCUGCUGCAAAGCCUCAGGGACCCCUAUGCCCAAGAAAUACUCUUGGUUCCACAAUGGGACCCAGCUGGACAGGCGAGAACACAGGUAUGGGGCCCACCUGGAGCUAUGGGAGCUGCGCCCAGACCAGGCAGGCACCUACCAUUGCAAGGCGUGGAAUGAGGCGGGCACCGUGCGCUCCAGCACUGCCCGGCUCACCGUGCUGGCCCCAGGCCAGCCAGCCUGCGACCCCCAGCCCCAAGAGCACCCGAUCAAGCUCCCAGAUGACUGUAGUCAGCCAGGCAGCGGCCCCACCUACCUGGACGUGGGCCUCUGCCCCGACACCCGCUGCCCAGGUCCCACAGGCUCAAGCCCUCGGUGUGGGGAUGCUGGUUCCCGCUGCUGCUCCGUGCGCCGCCUGGAGAGCAGGGAGAUCUACUGCUCUGGCUACGUCCUCCCGGUGAAGGUGGUGGCCGAGUGUGGCUGCCAGAAGUGUAUGCCCCCUCUGGGGCUGGUCCGUGGCCGCGUGGUGGCUGCUGACUCUGGGGAGCCCCUGCGCUUUGCCGGGAUCCUGCUGGGCCGGGAGCCCAUUGGCUUCACGUCCUACCAGGGCGACUUCACCAUCGAGGUGCCGCCCUCCACUGAGCGGCUGGUGGUGACUUUUGUGGACCCCAGUGGCGAGUUCGUGGACACUGUACGGGUCCUGCCUUUUGACCCUCGAGGUGCUGGCGUAUACCACGAGGUCAAGGCCAUGAGGAAGAAAGCCCUGGUCAUUUUAGAUGCCAGCCAGAGUAACACCAUCCCCCUGGGAGAGCUGGAAGACCAGGCGCCCUUGGGCGAGCUGGUCCUGCCGCCUGGAGCCUUCCGCCGAGCCGACGGCAAACCCUACCGGGGGGCUGUGGAGGCCCGCGUGACGUUCGUGGACCCCCGAGAUCUCGCCUCGGCGGCUGCCGCCCCCAGUGACCUGCGCUUCGUGGACAGCGACGGCGAGCUGGCGCCGCUGCGCACCUACGGCAUGUUUUCGGUGGACCUCCGCGCCCCCGGCUCCGCAGAGCAGCUGCAGGCCGGGCCGGUGGCCGUGCGCGUGGCCGCUGGCCACAUCCAUAUGAAGGGCCACCAGGAGGCCCUCAAGCUGUGGUCGCUGAACCCCGAGACGGGGUUGGGGGAGGAGGAGAGCAGUUUCGGGCGCCAGGGGCCCUCGGCGGCGCGGGUCCGCCGCGAGGAGCACGGCGCCUGCCUCCCCGCCUUCUGCGACGCGGACCGUCCCGACGCCUACACGGCCCUCGUCACGGCCACCCUGGGCGGCGAGGAGCUGGAGCCGGCCCCCUCCCGGCCCCGUCCGCUCCCGGCCACCGUGGGCGUCGCCCAGCCCUACCUGGACAGGCUGAGCUACCUUCGGACCGACCACGAUGACCCGGCUUUCAAACGCAACGGGUUCCAUGUCAACCUCGCCAAACCCAGGCCGGGGGAGCCCUCCGAGGCCAACGGCCCCGUGUACCCGUGGCGCAGCCUGCGCGAAUGCCAGGAGGCCCCCGUGACCGCCAGUCACUUCCGUUUCGCCCGCGUGGAGGCCGACAGGUAUGAGUACAACGUGGUCCCCUUCCGCGAGGCCGCGCCCGCCUCCUGGACCGGCGAUCUCCUAGCCUGGUGGCCCAACCCACAGGAGUUCCGGGCCUGCUUCCUCAAGGUGAAAAUCCAGGGCCCUCAGGAGUACAUGGUGCGCUCCCACAACGCGGGCGGCAGCCACCCGCACACCCGGGGCCAGCUCUACGGGCUGCGGGACACCCGCAGCGUGCGAGACCCCGCGCGUCCCGGCACCUCUGCUGCCUGCGUGGAGUUCAAGUGCAGCGGAAUGCUGUUCGACCAGCGUCAGGUGGACAGGACGCUGGUGACCAUCGUGCCCCAGGGCAGCUGCCGCCGUGUGGCGGUCAACGGGCUCCUUCGGGACUACCUGGCCCGGCACCCCCCGCCCGCGCCUGCAGAGGACCCAGCUGCCUUUGCUAUGCUCGCCCCCCUAGACCCUCUGGGUCACAACUAUGGUGUGUACACAGUCACUGACCAGAGCCCACGGCUGGCCAAGGAGAUCGCCAUCGGCCGAUGCUUCGACGGCUCCUCCGACGGCUUCUCCAGGGAGAUGAAGGCUGACACUGGCACAGCUGUCACCUUCCAGUGCCGGGAGCCACCAGCAGGCCGGCCCAGCCUCUUCCAGAGGCUGCUGGAGUCCCCGGCAUCAGCACUUGGUGACAUCCGCAGGGAGAUGGGCCAGGUGUCCCGGGCACAGGCCCGAUCUGUGGGUCCCCUCCGCACUCGGCGGGGCAGGGCCCGGCAGUGA